AUUAGAGUACACCUCUCGUGUGCGUUUGUAACGCUGCGUCCCCACCCCUGCGCUCAGCUCCUCCUCUGUGGUUUUACCCGCAAUAAUAUCCCAGGUUGACUCUGUGGCUGUCAGUUUUUCCUACGCUCCACUCUGCCCUCUCACUCUGUGCACCAUCCCCAGGCACCGGGCCGGCCAGAGGACAAACACCCCCAGGUUUCAGGAUUGGAUAAAUAGGCUUGCAGAGCUACAUCAGACAAGAUCCAGUCAAAAUGCCGAAGUUAAUCACAAAGUUGACUGUCCUGCUUGGAAUCGUUCAUUUCAGUUGUGGUAAAAUUCAGAGGCCUGACUUUGAUGACACAUCUGAGCCUGAGUUCUACAACCCAACCUGGAUGGCCAGCAUCCCUGAUCAUCAGCCACUGUCUGCAGUGUCCAUUCCUGGGACCCACAACACCAUGGCUGUGUACGGCGGCAUAUAUGCCGAGUGCCAGACCUGGACACUGGCAGAUCAGCUCCGGGCUGGUAUUCGCUACCUAGACGUCCGAGUGCGUCACGUGGACGGGAACCUCACCAUCCACCACGGGGUGUCCUACCAGAAAUCGCACUUUGGCCACGUUUUGGAGGGUGUGGAGAAUUUCCUGCAAGAGCAUCCCUCUGAGACGGUGCUGAUGCGCCUAAAAGAAGAAUUCAGCGAGACAAACAACAUCUAUGGCGCCGUAGUUAACUACAUCGAAAACUUUGCCCGCUGGGACAUGCUGUGGCACAGCCGACUGGUGCCGACCAUGGGGGAGGCCCGAGGGAAACUCAUCAUCCUGCAAGACUUCCACGGACCAGACCUGGGGAUGCGCUAUGGUUCCCUGGACAUCGCUGAUGACUGGAAGGUGUACCAUCGGUUUUUCAUCUCGACGAUAAAUGGCGGAGUGUCUAUGAACACCUUGAGGCAACAACUGUUGGGAACAGGCAACAAAUAUUUCUCACCUACAGCAGUGGAGCUGGUGUGCUUGCUCCCCCAAGGGUAGUUGCGCAAAAAAUCAACCACUUGCUGUACAACUAUCUUCUUGCCGAGACGGACCACAACCAGCGUUUUGGAAUCAUAUGCAUGGACUUCCCUGCUGCUCCCACAAUUAAAAAGAUCAUUGGCUUUCAGUUAAAAGAUGAGAAACAAAGAAAACAAUUAUUUAACUUUCCUCCCAAAAAGUUUAAUUUGAAAGACCGACUGUCAUCCAUCCUAACGGGUAAAAGAGUAAACUGAUGGUGUAUCUGUAAGUGGCUCAACAUCAAGAUAAAUUAUAUGAACAUAAUUUUGAACAGAGCUCCGGGCAACAAUGAUCAGAUUUUGUUACGUGGGGACAGAAAGCCUACACUUUUGUAUCCUGCCCCAGAAGACAGUCUACACACACCCUCUCACAUGUUUUAUCAGUAUCAUGACAGGCAUGUAACGUUAUGGGGUUUUACUUAAAGGUUCUUUCAACAGUCCAACUAUUUCAUGAUUAAACCACAAAUCACACAUCACAGUUUCAUCUGGCCUUUUGUCUGUUGUCAAAAUCUUUUGUUAAUCUUUAAACAAAGGCACCACAUGAUUAAAUCGAAGAAUCUCU